ACUCUCGAAAUGUGAGUCCCCGCCGAAAAUCAGCUUCCGUCCAGCAACCGGAUCACGGCCCAAACAAAACCUAGACGGGGCUCCCACCACACAUCCGGAUUGCGGGUAUCUGCCGCCCGACCAUGUCAUUAUACGACCCCAUAGGAGGACUGCAGCACUAUCAUGGCUGAAGCAGCUGCCAACGGCACGCCGGGCAGCGUCGAGCUUGAUCUCGCCCAGGCGAGCGCCGCGCUGACCUCGUCGUCGACGCCUGCGCGCAUCGCCCAACUGCGGGCGAUCGACGAGAAACUCUCGCAGAAAGCCCUCGACCGGCCAUCCACGCUCGCCGUCCUCAAGCUGCUCUUCUGGACCCACGCCUUCUAUACCGACCGGCCCUCGCGACAAGCAGUCCAACGAUGUCUGGCCUCGAUCUGCCACACACAAGAUGCCGAAGUCCUUACACCGCUUGUCGCCGCCGUCCGUCAAGAGACGCAGAAGCCCGGCAUUGCCCCCCACAGCGCCUUCGUCCUGGUGGAAUGGUGCAGCCUCCUCAUGCAACACUUUGCGGGUACACCGCUUUGGGAGAAAUUCGGCAAGGACAUUGUAUUGGCCACAGCCGACGGCUUGGAAAAGUGCCUGCAGCCAACUGCGAGGAGCACCAUCGGUAGUUCGGCGCUGGUGAUUACCAGGAGGGGCCUGCGGAAGCUGGUGUCGGCGGAUCAGAAGGCUGUCGAAACGGCCGUCCAACUCCUCGCAGCCAAGGGCCCGCAACCUUCUGCCAAGAACGCCGUAUUGCUCGGCACGAUAGCUGGCGUUUGCUCACGAAAAGCCGAGGCGAAACCCGUCGUGGAGGGCUUGAAGGCCCAGUAUUUCUCCUUUUAUACGCGUGAGAUCGUUGGCUCCCGCACGCCGGUCCCAGCUCAUCUCGCAGACGGGCUCAAGGACUUUUUCUCUGCCUUUGCCUCGUUGGAGGAUCUCGACAAGGAGGUCUUCCCGGCCCUGGAGAAGGGAUUGUUGAGAGCCCCUGAAGUGGUGCUGAACGACCUGAUCAGCCCGCUUGUCCAGGCCCUGCCACAGUUUGACCUCUCCAAAGCUCUGAGCGGACGCUUCGUCAAACCGUUGCUGUCCAAUAUCAAGUCGACGAAUGCUGUCAUCCGCAGCGGCGCCGUCGCCGCUUUCAGGGUGAUCGCCUCGACCUGCCAGGAUUUCUCGCUGCUGGAGCAGGUCGCUGACGAGGUGCUCGGGCCGCUGAAGUCUGGCAAGCUUUCGUCUGCCGACCACAGAGCCCUCCACUCAGAGAUGUUGGAAGCUCUGCCCACCUCAGCAGAAAUUGCGGCCAAGGUCGCUACCGGCCUUCCUCCCGUGGUGGGCAAGGAGGCCAACGAGACCGCCCUGAACGUCGAAACUCUCGCCCUCAAUAAAAGCGCAAUCGUUCUUCUUCGCAGUGCCGAGGAGCCAAAAUCCCUUCUGGAUGCCUACGCGAAGGGCUUGGCAGACAAGAAGAUCCCAGUGCGGCGCAUCUGGACUCUCCGUACCGGAGAGCUGCUUCAAACUUUUGCCGAGGAUCCUCAGACAAACCUUCCCAAGGCGGUUGUGAGCUUCGCAGCGGCUGUUGUGCCACCUUUGUUAUCUUCAUUCAGCGAAGUCGUUGCGAACCCCGUAGCAGCUGCACAGAGCGGACUUGUCACAAGCGCCUUGGUUGUCUGCGGCCUGGGGCCGCUGCUCAACCGGCUUGAGAAUGAUAACCUGCAGUCCCUGCUGGCGAAGGCUUCGAUACAGAAGAGCAGUUUAGCACUGGACCCCAAGCCAUCGUUCCUGCUUAGCCAGCGAAUCUACAGCAAAUUCGCCGAGGACGACCUCAGGUGGUUCUGUCGUGCUCUGUCCGCGAUUGCUCCUGCUCUCGGCUCAAGCAGCGAGGCGAUCAAGGUUGCGUGGGCUCAAGCAUACAUCUACCUCGUUUGCUCCGCCGCCACAUCCCCCGCUGUGCGUCGGCAAGCUGUUGAUACUCUCUCUGACCUCUGCGCCCGCUCCGUCGACGGUGAGGGUGUCUCGGUUGCGGCAGAGAUCAUCAACGGCAUGUGGCAUUGGGUUGAGGCUACGGAGUCCGCUGACAAGGAGAGCGCUGCUGCGCUGGCCAAGUCAGGCAACUCUGAGCUGCAUUUGGUGCUCAAAUCGAUCUGUCUCACCCCCAAGCAACAUGCGGACCGGGCAGGCGCUGAACCCAACAAGGACAAAUUGGCGGCUCAGAUGUGCUCUCUGCUCGUGCUUGCCAAACCUGAGGUCAUCCCCCGCGCGAGUUGGAUAGAUCUUUGCUUGAGAGUCAGGCUGGAUCCGGGUGAGCUGGCACAGAAAUACGAGGACGCCUUGAUCCAGGAAAUUAUUGGGCGAACGGGAUAUGGACAAAAGUCCGAGCGCAUCAAGAACGCAGCGUACAGAGCCGCUGCAGAACUCGUGUUCGUCGCCCCGGAAACCAUGACUCCGCGCAUCGUCGCUCUCAUCCAGCAAGAUCUGGACGCUGCCCAGCUCCAAACUGUUGGUCCUCUCGAAGCAGCCAUCUUCCGCACCCCGGAAGGGACAACUUUUGUAGAUGUCCUCGCGAAGAAGCAGAAUACCGUUCCGAACAAGAACGUCAAGGACUAUGAUACGCUGAAGUGGGAAGAGGAACUCCGAGCACAGCUUGCGGAAAAGAAGGGCACGCAGAAAAAGCUCACGGCCGACGAAACCGCAAAGGUCAAUGCCCAGCUGAAAAAGGAAGCGGAAAUUCGCGAAAAUGUCAGGCUGAUCGCGGCCAAGUUACUGCGCGGCUUCGGCGUUGUUAAGGCUCUGGCGACUGGCCCGCCCAGCGAUGCCAGCCGGUGGAUGGGCGCUGCCGUCGCCACCACGCUGGCUGCUAUCGACGCUGGAGCGACCCUGAUCACGGCGGAGACCGGGCCGAUGGCAUUCAUCUCAUGCGCGGACCAAAUCUCUCCACGUCUCGGAUCUGCCCGCCCGUUCAUUGGGGCGGCCACUCUGCGUGCUCGCGAGGUUUCUGCACUCCCCGAGCAUCUAACCCAAGAGCCAUUCGAAGACCUCGUCACCCGAGUGCUGUACCGUCUGCGUUUUGCUGGUGAACAGCUCCCUUUCGACACCGUCACGCUGAUCUACGUGCUUCCGCUUGUACUGCACGUUCUCGGAAAAGGCGGUUUCGGCGACAAUGUCGAGGACCAGGAUGCCCAACUGGUGCUCGCCAUCGAGUUCCUUGCGUUCCACACGGACGCCUCAUCCGACGAGGCAAUCCCGCGUGCCGAGAUCCUGUCAGUCCUGAUCUCGUCUAUGCAAAAAUACAGACAACACUACAAGAUCUUGAAGGACUGCUUCUCGGACAUGGUCCGCUGUGUCGCCCCGAAUAUGACCGCUGACGAGAUCGGCGUUCUCUCGCGUGGCGCCAUCGUUCCCCAGGCCAGCGUACGGACGGCCGUGCUCCAGGCCAUCAGCGCCGAAGUUGAUAUGACCGACGUUGGCACAUCGGAGGAGAUAUGGCUCGCCUGCCACGAUGACAUCGAAGAGAACGUCGAUCUGGGGCGCGAGAUCUGGGAGGAGAGCGAGUUCCAGACCUCUGACAGCCUCGCGCACAAAAUGCUUCCCUAUCUCGAGAGCAAGGAUGCCCAGCUCCGCCGCGCUGCUGCGAAGGGCCUUGCAGAAGCAGCUAGCCAGCAUUCCGCCGUCAUCACUGCCAUCCUCGAGAAACUCGAGUCAUCGUAUGUUGAACUCGCCAAGCCCCGCGUCCAGCAACUUGACGAAUUCGGCAUGCCCAAGAAGAUGGACCUGUCCGACCCCUGGGAGGCGCGGCACGGCAUUGCCCUUGCCUUCAAACACCUCGCCCCUCAUUUCGAAAAGGUCCUCCUCGAGCCUUUCUUCAACUUCCUUAUCGAGCAGGGCCCGCUGGGCGAUCAGAACCCAACAGUUCGUGCCGAGAUGCUCGAGGCAGCCAACACGGCCAUCGAGGUUCACGGCAAGGGCAUUCUGGAUCGGCUCAUGAAGACGUUUGAGAAAACUCUUGAGGCGCCAGACAAAAACUCCGCGGCGGCGGACCGUGUCAACGAGGCCGUGAUCAUUAUGUAUGGCGCCCUCGCUCGGCACCUGAAGCCCGGAGACAAGAAAAUUCCGGUGGUCAUCGAGAGGCUGCUCGCGACGCUCAGCACGCCAUCUGAGACAGUCCAGUACGCCAUCGCAGAGUGUCUUCCGCCGCUCGUCCGCACAUGCGGUGACAAGUCGUCUAAGUAUUUCGACCAGGUUAUGGAGACGCUUCUGACGUCCAAGAAGUACCCGGAGCAGCGAGGCGCGGCUUAUGGGCUGGCGGGUCUCGUGCUCGGCAGAGGCAUCUGCGUGCUGAGAGAGUACCGUAUCAUGAUCGCUCUCAGCAGCGCUCUCGAGAACAAAAAAGAGGCCCACCAACGGGAAUCCGCCAUGCUUGCCUACGAGCUCCUGUCGACUAUUCUGGGCCGCCUCUUCGAGCCCUAUGUGAUACAAAUCGUGCCGCAUCUCCUUGCAGGCUUCGGUGAUGGCAACCCCAAUGUCCGUGAUGCUGCAUUGGCGGCAGCUAAGGCAUGCUUCGCUCAGCUCACCUCCUAUGGUGUCAAGACAAUCCUGCCGACACUGCUCGACGGCCUCGAGGAGGACCAAUGGCGCAGCAAGAAGGGAGCGUGCGACCUCCUCGGUGCCAUGGCCUACCUUGACCCGCAGCAGCUUGCGCAAAGCCUGCCCGAGAUCAUUCCGCCUUUGACGGCCGUCCUGAACGACAGUCACAAGGAGGUUCAAUUCGUGCACUACCUCGACGCCCCCUCGCUGGCACUCGUCAGCCGCAUUCUGCAGCGCGGCCUGGGCGACCGUUCCAACACGAAGCGCAAGGCGUCCCAGGUCAUCGGCAGCCUGGCACAUCUCACGGAGCGCAAGGACCUCGUCGCUCAUCUGCCGGUCCUCGUGGCAGGCCUCAAAAUCGCGGUUGUCGAUCCUGUGCCGACGACUCGUGCCACUGCGUCCCGCGCGCUCGGGUCCCUGGUGGAAAAGCUCGGCGAGGACGCGCUGCCGGAUCUCAUCCCCAACCUCAUGCAGACUCUCAAGUCCGAAACGGGCGCCGGCGACAGGUUGGGCUCCGCCCAAGCGCUCAGCGAGGUCCUCGCCGGUCUGGGCACUUCCAGGCUGGAGGAGACUCUCCCGACCAUCUUGCAGAACGUCGAGUCGCCCAAGGCGUCUGUCCGCGAAGGCUUCAUGUCGCUCUUCAUCUUCUUGCCCGUCUGCUUCGGCAACAGCUUCGCCAACUACCUCGGCAAGAUCAUCCCGCCCAUUUUGUCAGGGCUUGCCGACGACGUCGAGGCCAUCCGAGACACCGCGUUGCGUGCCGGCCGGCUGCUGGUCAAGAACUUCGCCGUGCGGGCAGUGGAUCUGCUCUUGCCCGAACUCGAGCGCGGGCUGGCCGACGACAACUACCGCAUCCGUCUCAGUUCCGUGGAGCUGGUCGGCGACCUGCUCUUCAACCUUGCGGGUGUCAAAGCCAACGCGGAACCUGGGGAGGAGGAGGAUCACGACGUUACGAAAGAGGCGGGCGCGUCGCUUCGCGAGGUCCUCGGAGAGGAGAAGCGGAACAAGAUCCUUUCGGCGCUCUAUGUGUGCCGGUGCGACACUUCCAGCGCGGUGCGUGCCGCUGCGGUCGGCGUGUGGAAGGCGCUGGUGCACAGCCCGCGGACGCUCAAGGAGUUGGUGCCCACGCUCACGCAACUCAUUGUUCGCCGACUGGGCAUCGCAAACAUGGAGCACAAGGUCAUCGCCAGCAACGCCCUCGGCGAGCUCAUCCGGAAGGCGGGCGACGGCGUCUUGGCCACGCUGCUCCCCACGCUGCAAGAAGGACUGCAGACGUCGCGCGAUGUCGAUGCCAGACAAGGUAUCUGCUUGGCCCUCAAGGAGCUCAUCUCGUCGGCCUCGCCGGAGGCGCUCGAGGACCACGAGAAGACGCUCAUCUCGGUCGUGCGCACCGCCAUCACCGACUCAGACGGCGACGUCCGCGACGCCGCCGCCGAGGCCUUCGACUCGCUGCAGCAGAUCCUCGGCAAGAGGGCCGUCGAUCAAGUCCUACCCUACCUUCUCAACCUGCUCCGCUCCGAAGAAGAGGCCGACAACGCGCUCGCUGCGCUUCUCACGCUCCUUACGGAAUCCACCCGCUCCAACAUCAUCCUGCCGAACCUUAUCCCAACACUCAUCACGCCACCCAUCUCAGCCUUCAACGCCAAAGCAUUGGCUUCGCUGUCCAAGGUUGCCGGUGCGGCUAUGAACCGCCGGCUUUCCAACAUCAUCAACUCGCUCAUGGACAACAUUGUCAACUGCGCGGAUGACGAGCUGCGGGCAGAGCUCGACGAGUCCUUCGACAUCGUCAUCCUCUCCAUCGACGAGUACGAUGGCUUGAACGUGGUCAUGAACACGCUGCUGGCGCUCAACAAGCAUGAGGAUCACCGCAAGAGAGCAGCCACGGGCCAGCAUCUCGCUAAAUUCUUCGCGGCGGCCACGGUCGACUACUCCAGGUACAACCAGGACAUCAUUCGUGCGCUGCUGAUCUCGUUCGACGACCGGGAUCCGGCGGUCGUCAAGGCGGCAUGGAGCGCGCUGAACGAAUUUACCAAGCGGCUGAAGAAGGAGGAGAUGGAAGCUCUCGUGCCGUGGACACGGCAGACGCUGCUGCUGGUCGGCGUCGCGGGCCACAACCUGGCCGGCUUCGAACUGCCCAAGGGCAUCAACGCCAUCCUGCCCAUCUUCCUGCAGGGCCUCAUGAACGGCACGGCAGACCAGAGGGUUCAGGCUGCGCUGGGCAUCUCGGACAUCGUGGACAGGACCAGCGAGAACUCGCUCAAGCCGUUCGUCACGCAGAUUACCGGUCCGCUGAUUCGCGUGGUCUCGGAGCGCUCGACCGAGGUCAAGUCGGCCAUCUUGCUCACGCUCAACAACCUGCUCGAGAAGAUGCCCACGGCGCUCAAGCCGUUCUUGCCUCAGCUACAGCGUACAUUCGCCAAAUCGCUAGCGGAUACCUCGAGCGACAUACUGAGAAGCCGGGCGGCGCGCGCUCUCGGCACGCUCAUCAAGUUCACCCCGCGCGUGGACCCUCUCAUCGCCGAGCUCGUCACAGGCUCGAAGACGAGCGACGCCGGAGUCAAGACGGCCAUGCUCAAGGCUCUGUACGAAGUCAUCAGCAAGGCGGGCGCCAACAUGGGCGAGAGCUCCCGCGCGGCCGUGCUGGGGCUGAUCGACACCGAGACGGACGAGCGCGACAACGCCAUGACCAUCACCUACGCCAAGCUGUUCGGGGCUCUGGUCAAGAACGUGUCGGCCGACGUGGCCACCGGGCUGCUGAAGAACAGGGUGAUGACGAGGGACUUUAGCAACGCCAGCGUCCUCGCGCUGAACGCCGUGCUGGCUGAGAGUCCGGAUACCCUCCUGGGCUCGUCCCUGGCCGACGACCUUCCCGAGCUGCUCUGCCAGGGCAUGGAGAGCAAAGACCCGUUCAUCACGGACAACUUCAUCAUGGCCGCGGGCAAGUACCUCCUCAGCGACGCGUCGAAGUCGUUCGAGGCCACGAAGCCCAUCUUCGCCGCGCUGUCCAAGCUCAUCCCGCCCGGCGGGCCGACCGACUCGCGGCGGCUGGCGCUCGUGCUCGUCCGCACGCUCGCGCGCACGCACCCGGACAUGGCGCGCCCGCACCUCGGGCUGCUCGCGCCGCCCGUCUUCGCGUCGGUGCGCGACAUGGUCAUCCCCGUCAAGCUGGCCGCCGAGGCCGCCUUCGUGCAGCUGUUCGCCGUCGCCGACGAGGAGAGCAGGGUGUUCGACAAGUGGCUCGCCGCGCCCGGCGGCGGCGGGGAGCUGCCCCCGGCCGUGAAGCGCAGCAUGCAGGACUACUUCAAGCGCGUCGCGCUGCGGCUCGGCGCGCAGGUGAGGGAGAGGAGGGAGGCGGAGGGCGGGGCCGGCGGGUUGGGGUUGGCGAAUGACGAGGUGGAGGAUGAGAAGGAGAUCAUGGCCGUCGGAAAGGUUGAUGUGGGAGCGGAUGUGUUCGCUGCGGAGUAGCGGAGUAGAUGGGGUGUUGCGGUGGUGUUGGUUGUGUUGUGUGGCGAAGGUAACUACCUACAUGUAGAGGGUAGAGGUGAAAAAGCAUUGCAUCAGAGUCGAACUUCAAUGGUAUUUACGGUUCGUCAAGUU